UCCAGGCGCAAUUCUGGCUUCCCGAGACGUUUCAGGCUUGUAGACUGCUCCCCUUCGCUCUCCAUUGUGUUCAACCAUGGGGAGAGAAUAUGGUCUAUCGCUAAAGCAAUAUGCGACCGAAGAAAGAUCCCCUGGCCUGCAAACCUUGACAUCUCAUAUAUCAUGGCAGCGCCGAUCAUCGAGAUCAAAGCAACUAACGGCCGAUCGAAAAAUGGCGAGACAAGGCUUUUCCGCAUUGUAGUCCUGGAGUGCACAUGGCAGCUGUGGAAAGCUAGGUGUCGCAGAGUCAUGAACCCUGAUCGCCCUCAAACCACCUUAAACGAAGUUAGAAACGCCCCUAAAAGCCGGCCUUAACUGGAGCGGUAACUUACUGAACGAAGAGAGGCAACCGGACAACUGGCUGAACAGCAGCGGGGUUUUAGUGGGUAUACCGGACCCCCCGUGAUCGGGGGCGCCCGGGAGUCCCACACAAGCGUGCGUAAUCGCAUUUCCUCACAGCGGCAGUUCCGGUCCAAGCCCGAUUCCAUUCCCGGGGAUCACCUGACCCCAACACAAACCCCAAAUACAACGUAUUCGCGAAAGCUACUGGGGUUCCA